AUGGCCGACAUGAACGGCGACUCCCAACCUCAAACCAACGGUCAAAACGGGCACCCCUCGCCACCACCCCCCACACAAAACAGCUCCGCGCCGCUCUCCCAACCCCUCCCAUCCGCCUCCGCAGCCACGAGCUCCUCGACGGCGCCCAAUCCCAGCGUGCCCCUCACCUCCCUCCAAGACAACGGAUUAUCGAAACGCCCGCGCGACGCACGUCUCAUCCACAUGCUUCUCUCCUCUCUCGGCGUGUCCGCAUACCAAGAACGCGUUCCGCUGCAACUGCUCGAUUUCGCAUAUCGUCACUCCUCGUCUAUUCUCUCCGAUGCGUUGCAUCUCUCUUCCGACGCCUACGUAUCACAGCAGAUGCGCGCGCGCGAUGCGCCGCCUGGUGGGGGAUUUAGAGAUGCAGAUGGACAGGUUAGCGCGAAUGCAGUGCAGUUGGCUAUUCAGAGUCGAUUACAGUAUCAAUUUGGUUCGGGCAAUGGGGGUGGAUUGAGCAAGGAGUUUUUAUUAGAGACGGCGCAGGCGAGGAAUAAAAUUGCAUUGCCAAGGGUUUUACAGAAUGAAUGGGGUGUGAGAUUGCCGGCUGAGAGAUUUGUUCUUACGGGUGUGCCAUGGGGGUUGAAAGAUGAAUGGGUGGAGGAUGAUGAAGAAGAAGAGGAGGGGCCAAUUGGAGAGAGUAUGGAAGGUAUCAUAGCUGGUACAGAGGAGGAUAAUCUCGAGGGCGAUGAGGAGGGUGCGGGUGACAUGAAUGAUCUAUUUGGCACUGGUGGAGAUAUGGAUGAGGACAUGGAUAAAGAGGAAUAA